AUGGCUUUUUGGAAACCCGGAACCAUUGCACCAGGAACGAAUCUUGAUCGUGAAACGGAAAAAGAAACCAAUGAAGCUCUCGUGACAUUUGUAGACCGGGGUACUUCAUUAUCUAUUCAGCAGCAAAGAAAAAGAUUACCGAUUUAUAAAUCACGUGACCAGAUAUUGUAUCUGAUUGAAAAGUACCAGACAACCAUAAUUGUAGGACAUACUGGUUGUGGAAAGACCACACAAUUGCCACAAUAUCUUAAUGAAGCAGGUUGGACUGCUAAUGGAUUUGUCGUAGCAUGCACACAGCCUCGUCGCGUAGCAGCUACAACAGUUGCUGAUCGUGUAGCCACAGAAAUGAACGUGAAGCUUGGUGAAGAGGUCGGUUAUAGCAUUCGGUUCGAAGAUUGCUACAGUCCAACCAAAACACGUAUCAAAUAUAUGACCGAUGGCAUGUUGUUUCGUGAGACAUUUGGUGAUCCAUUAUUAUUACAAUACACCACAUUGGAUGCGGAGGCAUUUUAUGAAUUUUUUAAUACAAAUACGACAAAUGAUUCGACCAAGGACAAUGUAUCUAUAAUAUCUUUGGAAGGCAAAAUGUUUCCGGUUGAUAUACAUUAUUCGAAAAUUUCUUGCUCUGAUUAUGUGGAAGCUUCGAUACAGACUGUUUUUGAUAUUCAUGCUCAGCAACCUCCAGGAGAUAUUCUCGUAUUUCUGACAGGACGUGAUGAAAUUGAUUCCACUGUCGGAGAAAUUUCGGAAAGGGCAACAACAUUACCGCGUUCUGCAAUGAAAAUAUUACCACUGCCCAUUUAUGCCGGUCUUCAUUUGGAACAGCAAUUACAAAUUUUUGAGCCCGCUCCUUAUAAUACUCGCAAAGUUAUAGUGGCGACUAACAUUGCCGAAGCUUCCAUUACUCUUGAAGGUAUUGUGUACGUUGUCGACUGUGGAUUCGUAAAAUUGCGUGCUUAUAAUCCAAAAACUGGAAUGGAAAGCCUUGUCGUGUGCCCAAUUUCUAAAGCAUCUGCUCAGCAAAGGGCUGGACGUGCAGGAAGGGUUGGACCUGGGAAAACAUACAGGCUAUACACCGAAGAUUCUUUUUAUAAAUUAGAGGAUGCAAGUAUCCCAGAGAUACAAAGAAGCAAGCUUGCACAAGUUGUGCUUCACUUAAAAGCAUUGGGCAUUGAGAACGUGUUAAGAUUUGAUUUCUUAACACCUCCACCUGCGGAGCUAAUGAUACCCUCAUUAGAGUUGUUAUAUUCUUUAAAAGCGUUGGAUGAUCACGGACGGCUAACAAUGCCUUUAGGGAUGCAGUUGGCAGAAUUUCCAGUCGACCCAAUGCUUGGCAAAAUUCUGCUAGACUCCUAUAAAUUCCAAUGCGGUGAAGAAAUGCUCUCUAUAGCUGCAAUGUUAUCUGUUCAGGAUGUAUUUAUAAUUCCUUCUAAUCCAGACAUCGAUGUGAAUGAGGAGAAAAGGAAGUUUACAGUAGAAGAAGGAGAUCAUAUAACAUUGCUGAACGUAUUCAAUGCGUUUAUCACUCGUGGAAAGAAAUCAGCGAGGUGGUGUCAUAAACACUGCUUAAAUUUUCGCGCGCUUUCGCGAGCAUUAUCUAUUCGUCAGCAUUUAAAAAAGUAUCUUGACAGAUUCGAAGUACCACUUGAAUCAUGUGGUAAUGACACGGUUAAAAUAAGAAAGUGUCUUAUUAGUGGAUACUUUUCUCAGGCUGCGAAAAUGAUGCCAGAUGGGUCUUUCAGGACUAUUAGGGAUAAUGUUGUUUUAUAUGUUCAUCCGACAUCAGUUCUAUUUACACGAAAUGCCCCAUGGGUCAUUUUUCAUGAAGUUGUAGAAACUACCAAAGCUUUUAUGCGUGAUCUCACUGUAAUUGAUCCUGCCUGGCUGGCAGAGCUAGCGCCUCACUUCUAUGAAUUCAAAAAAACCACCGAAAAAUGA